AUGCAUUGCCAAGUUCUACACAUCCAUCCAGCCGUUUUGAAGACUAUCCCAUACACCAAUGAGAAAAAGAAAGUAACACCAGUGAUAAUUGGUGACCCUACAGGUCACAUAACACUUAGUGUCUGGACCGACAUACAUGAGGAACAGCUGCCUGUUGAAAAGGACAAAGUUUUUAAACUGGAAAAUCUAUCAUUCAAAAACUGGAAUGGAGGACAACUUUCCUCCACAAAGUCUUCAGUGUAUACUUCAGUAAACCAGAAACUGAAAGUUAACAAGCCGAACAUCGAAGCAACGUCCAUGUACCAAACCUUGCAAGGAGUAUUUGUUACAGUUGAAAGUACAACUGUGUCCUUAUGUAUUGCCUGUAACAGCAGAGAGCCAUCACCAUCCACUCACUUCUACAAGUGCAAAGUCUGCAACUGUAAGCAACUGGUAUCCAAUAUGAAAAAGAACACUGACUUAAAAGGAAAAUUCAAACCUCUCGACGACUCACCAUUGAUUCACCUAUCUCUAAACAACCAUCAGCUUACUUGGUUACCAGACACGGAUGUAAAUAACAUUGAUGACCUGGAAGAACAACUACUGCAAACAAGUAUGACGAUCACCUACAACAAAGUCAAUAACUAUGUAGAAACUACAUCACCAAUUGACUCAGUGUAAAUUAUUACACAACCAAGACUAACAAGAAAAAACUCCUCAAUUGUUUUUUUUAAAGCACAGUCAUUUCUAUUUUAACUGUGUGUAACAUGUUCAUAUCAUGGCACAUACAUGUAUCACUUGAAAACUUGAUUCCUUCCUCUUCACCACAAGACUGCAUUUGUAACAAUCACUUGUUUGAAGGCACACCAACUCUUGUGUGAAUACAGAGGGUCUAAAAAACGUAAUGUAACAAAUAAAACUGGUAAUAAUCUUGUCUACUCCAAACAUCAUUUCAUAUUUUAAUACCCAAUCUUAGAACACCGGCCUCAAUCUGUCCUGUAGCAGGAGCACACAUUACAUCAGAUAAACAUGGCAUUACUAUGUUUGCAGUAGACACCAAAUUACCACAUGAAUAAAGUGAGCUAUACCCCAAAAUGUAUACAGCUUUUUCUUGCCCUCCCACAUUUGCAACUAAGUUGCUCACCUCCAAAACAAGUGA